AUGGAUUUGUCUUUAACUUUUAAUUGCAAUGGAAAGGUGAACUUUAACGAUUGGGAAUUAAGUAAGGAGAGUUUAUUUCUGCGUGGAGAAGUAGAUAAUGUUCUUUAUCCACAAGAUGACUAUCCAUUGUCUGAUAUGGAUGUACAACUUUUCAAUUGUACUAUACCUGCCACAACAGUUAUAUUAGAGUUAAAACAUUUUAUCAAAUGCAUGGUCAUGCAGUUAAAAAUACUCAACAGAUAUAAAAAUUGUAAUCAGAUUUUGAAUUCCAAAACUGAUGACAUUGAUUUCUACAAUAUCAGACAUAUUGUAUGUAAAUUUAUUUUAUACAUUCGAAUAUAUUUAAACAGUAUUAAGUGGGACAUUCAAUCUCUGCAAGUUAUAAAUGAAAAUAUCGAAGAAGAAUUUAAUUCAUUAUUUAUUACCGUAAAACAUUUUCUUAGCGAAUUACGAAGUAUUCCAGAUGCAACGUUUUACUACGCACCUUCUAAAUUAGGCAAUCAAUGUAAACAACCAGAAUAUCAUAUGUAUCAUAUGCAUAUAGAAUUACGAUGGCUUUUUAUUUCAUUAGUCUAUACACGCAGUUUAUAUUAUCAGCAUUCAAUCGAAAGUCAGUUAAAUGAACUUGAAAGCAAUCAGCAAAUAAUCAUUAAUGAUCUUAUUUAUAUUUCAUUGAAGAUAUUUGAAACAAUGCCUUUAGUAAACAUACAACAGAAAACCCCAUAUAAUUGUACUUGCAUUCGUGAAUUAUGGCUCAUGCUUCAAGUAUUUAUUGAUAACUUAUCUGAAAGGAUACAAUCAAAGACAUUUUGGGAUUACGUAAAUGACAGUGUUAAUGAACUAUUAAGCAGGAAUGUAUCUGACACUAGAAAAAGCUAUAACUUAGCACCCUGUAAAAAUUCUGAAUUAUUCUGCCUUUGGAUUAUUUACAAUCUUUCACUUUUAUAUGGGUACAGUGUGGAUGGUACAUAUUUAGGAUCUAAGUGUUCAAGGAUUAGGCCUAAUUAUGAGCAACUUGACAAAAUUUUGAAAACAUAUGUCUCAAAAGGUGGGAAAGAUGGUGAACGAGAUGAAAUUGAUGAAGAAUUACGCAUAAUGAUACCUUUAUUAAAUAUUAUUACUAAUUGGUGGCAACCACGAGUUUCAGUAAUUUCUCUACUUUGGGAUUGCUUUCAUAAAAGAUUAGAUGAACCAUUUUUAAUACAGACAUCUGGCCCUUGGACUCUAUCAGUUGAAAAGAAAACUGCUAUGGACAUUCUUAAACAAGUAAGAGAUAGAAUUAAUAACAUAGAAUGUAUUAAAGAGUCUAGCUAUGGAAUGUUUUUACGUCUGCUUGGAUCCUUCUUGCAAAUAAAUUAUAGUAACAAUGAUACAAAGUACUGGAAUCAAAUUAAAGGUCGUAUCUAUUCAAAGUUCUCCAAGAGCAAAGUACAAGAAUUUUCCAUAAGUGGCUUGUAUAAUUUCAUUUCAUUAUUUUUAACAUUAGCUGUUACUGGGGAUACCACAAAUGUAUGUUCAGUAAUGCUAGAUCUUUUACCACUAACAAAAGAGUACAGUAAUGAAAAUAGUACAAAAUAUAUUUUAGUUUGGAAAGGAAAGCUGACUAUUCUUCUUUUGUAUAGCGAUCUUGGACUUAAUUUUAAUAACGUAGCACCUUGCUAUAUAGAUACGGUGAAUGCAAUAAGUUGCCGUAAAGAUGAUACAUCCCGUUCGAUGAUGGUCAAUUUUGUCGAAGUGUUUAAUAUAAUUUUGUCAUCUAGCAGUGUGCAAUUAGGAGAACAUUUACUGCUCAGUGGUUGGAUAGAUCGUUAUUUACUAGAAUGUUCGAAUAGAAUGGUCGGAACACUAACAAAGAUGUUAGUUAAUAUUUUCGAAAAAUGCGUUUCCCUCACUGUUAAUUCCACUAAUUCAGAUGGUGUAGAAAAAAUGUUUGAUGCAUUAUGGUGUUAUGUUGCGUGUAGAGUACGUCAACUUGUUUUUGAUCCUGUACUGACUGGUGAUUAUUAUGGGGAUGUCUCAAAACUUGCCACUGCAUUUACUUUAGAAGCACUGAGAAAUCCACUAAUAGCAAAAAAAUAUAAGCAUUCAGCUAUGUCUUUAUUUCAACAUUUUGCCUCGUCUGUAAUUGUGAAAGAUAUCAGAAUCACGAGAUGUUACUUGGUUUUAAUACUUAAGCAGGAACAAGCAGCUCAAGCCUUAAAGAAAGAGAUAAAAAAUUUUGAUAUAAUAGUCAUACAAGCAUGGAUAAAAUGUUCUAUCAUUGGCCAUGGCACAAAUGCAAAUGAAAUAACAUUUAUACAAAAUUAUAUUUUACAACUGAAUGAAAUACAAGAAAUUUUUGUGACACCUCAAGAUAUUCAAGAAUUUCGAAACAGUGAUGAAUCCAUUUUAGUGUUCAUAAUGUAUUCUAUGAAGAAACGAAGUACUUUAAAAACCGAACAAGAACGAAUUCAGUAUGACGCAAAAUGGAAAUUGUAUUUUAAUCACAUAGAAAAAUGGAUUCUUACACCAAUCACAGAAGAAACGAAAGAUUCAGAAUUAGCUUUGUGGAUAUAUAGGUGUAUUGGAACACUAAUUCUUUGUACUUCUACAAUGCUAUACUCUAAAAAUAUACCGAAUAAUAUAUUCAGAACAUUAUUACAUAAAACUGUUCUUUCAAUGGAUCAGCCGUUUUUAAAAAAUUUGGGGAAAAAGACAUUUUCUAUGAUACUUCUAGGAAUAGAAGCUCUUAAUGUUAAAAGCGAUAUAUCACUUCAAGCAUUAAUACGAGAUCUCUUUGAUCAAUACAUGCCACUCUUAAUAACUCCAGUUAAUAAUGCAAAUAAUUUUAAAGUAUCUGAUUCAUUACUAAAGUGUUUCAGAGACGCAAAGGCAGAUUUUUUACGUUUAAUAUUUGAAAUAUUAAUGACAAAUUUUUUUACCGUUUCAAGUGAUAACAUGAUGCAUAAACACUUUUAUUUAGUAAUGAUAUAUUUACAAAGUCUACUUAAAGGUGAUAAAAAUUACGCAUAUCAUGUAACAGAAUACAUUAUUUUAAUUUGUACACCUUAUAUUAUUGAAGGUUACAUGAAAGUUCAUGAUCAUCAUCCACAUAAACAACAUACCAUAGACUUCAUAACUAAUGUUAUUAGGAAUUCAUAUUAUAAAGAAGACCACACUUUACAGGAAAAAUUUAAUAAUGUUAUAUCCAAUGUUGUCCAGAAAUCAAUAAUAAAAGAUCAACAUAAUACUUUCAAAUUUAUACGGUCAGUGUUACCAAUAAACACCGAAAUAGUACAAUUUUUAUUAGCAAACAUAGAACAUACCUUAAUUAACUUGGAAAGAAAUCGACGUCCAAACGCAGCAUCAUUAAGAUAUUCCUGGAAUCAACUUCAAACUGCUAUGAAAAAUAUAAAAGAA